AAUCAAUGCCUAGUAGAAAGCGCCCCUCCCAACGCAAUAAAAAGUAUGAGAAAUUAACAGAUGAGGAAAGAAGUCUCAUUAUGGACUUUAAAUUAAAGGGUAUGGGUUGCCAAGAGAUAGCCAGAAGAUUAAAUAAAAAUUUAAAGACAAUUUAAUCUGUCUAAAAUUCAGAAAGAAAAUCAGAGUACAAAUCCCUCAAAGUAGCUAUCACUUAAUAUGGGGUCAACUAACUGCUUCAAAUCACUUCCAUCAAAGUAUAAAUUUUACUAAUUUUUGUUUAUGGAUGAAAGAAAAUUAAAAAAACUAGCCACCAAAACCAUCAAAAGUGUGAUGCCACCCAAUAAUUAGACUAUGUUCGCUCACUUGAUUCCAACAUAAAAAGCUAACUCAAAUAAAAGAAGAAUUAUUGACUAAAUAGUCAAAAAUAUCUUGAAUAAUAUUCAAAAAAUUUUGACUGCUAAAGAAAUGACAAGUCUAUUUGAACCAAACAAUUUAUCAUAAGGUGACACUAUGUGUAUGGAAACCUCUGAAUACUCUGAAUACUCAUCUAAUAUGCUCUAAAAUGAUUCUGAAGACUUAGAAAAUGAAUAUAUUGGUGAUAAUAGCGAAAGAGUCCCUAACACCUAAUAUCAUUUUCAUAACUUUCCAGGGAUAUUCAGAUAAUUUGAAGGCUUAUCUAUAAAUUUCUUAAACCAUAGUCAGUUUGAAAAAACUAUAGAACAGUCUUCAGAUAGUUAUUUUGAUUUAUGAGAUGUCAAUUUUACAUACAGGAU